CAAGGCGGAGAUCUCAGAUACUUGGUUCUGAUUGAGCGAGUGUUCCACUUGUCCUAGUACAGACGGGCAUCACCUGCUAGAUAUAUAAAUGUCUAUGGAUCCAGGUGUACUCGCUGCUUCGUCCCUGAUCCCGCCCGACAAUCUCACUCACUCGGCUAUGUCCCCCUCGCGACCCUCAGAGCGUGUCUCACUCCCUAGCAUCCAUGAGAUGUUCCCAGAGCAUCUCCUGGCUCUUCCUCCUCGAGGGGAAUACAGAGCACUGGCACCUACGGCUUCUAACCCUCCGCCGUUGCAUCCGAUACUUCCCCUCGCGGGCGGCAGGCCCGGGCCGCCCGUUGAUCCUCUGCCAGCUUCGCCGCAGAUGAGUCCAGGACCACGGCCAGAGACACUGGCGGCGACACGACGGGGGAGUCAGGCAGAUGAAGAGCGAAGACAUGCGUGCCCAACAUGCGGCAAAGCUUUCAAUCGCCCCAGCAGCCUCGCCAUCCAUGUCAACACUCAUACCGGCGCAAGGCCGUUUGAGUGCCCAUUCCCAGGCUGUGGCCGCCGCUUCAAUGUCAACUCAAAUAUGCGUCGGCACCACCGCAACCACUCGUCGCCCGCACGCCCGUUCAACUCCGGCUCGCCGUACACAUACCCGCUGACGACGAUCCCCCGCGCACUCUAUUCGUUCGCCGGCUCGUUGAACUGCGGCACGCCUGCACGCCCACCCACGCUGCAUCCCGCGCAGUAUCGCAGCUCGGACUCCGGGAGCGAGGAGGACGAGCUGUCUGAGUCUGACCACUGGGAGCCCGAACGCGACCACGAGCUCGCUGAAGGCGUCGACCGCCUGCGCCUUCGCGCCUACUCCACCUCGAGCGCUGCAUCGUCCCCACGCGUGCACCCCACAGGCCAACCGCACCGCCGGCGCGCAAACUCGUGUGCGACGCCUGACUGUCGUGAAUGUAGACGCACGGCGGCGCCCCAUCCGCCGAGCUAAAUGUGUCGCUGUAAGCCCUGAGUGGAGACGGCGGGCUGCGUGAGCACCAGGUUGGGCUGUCUCCGGUAGGGGUGCCUUGUGCAGCCGCCGAAACUCAUUUAUCCCUCCCAUACCCCAAUAUUCUCUAUCCGUGUACCCGAAUCCCUCGUGAACGUGGACACUGCCGGGCGAAGCGUAGCAUACAUGAAUCUUACGUUUGAAACCUGAACCACUGAAGAAACUCGUUGUAUUAUUUGCCAUAGUCUCCAAUAUGUAUUGAUGGAUCAAUGUUUGGUACUUUCGACCUGUCCAUCACGAUUAGCAGCCCCGAACUUACCCAGAUGAACCGACUGACGUACAGAAGCUUCCAUGCAUUUUUACUUGACUUGUCCGAAU